UUCUCGGAGCAAAAUGUCAACAAUGGAAGUGACGAGCAACUGGCCGAGCGAUUGCGACUCCAAUUUACAGGAUAUAAUUCGGGAAAGUGAGAAGCUACCGUCGGGAGAAUUGGAAGACUUGCUGGACGAGGAGAAGUGCAUUAGUUUAGCUCGAGCAGAGGGCGAGGAGGAGGAUGGCGGGUGUGUUAUUCGACUCGCCGCCAGAUCUACUUCCCUCAGACACACCAAUGGGUUUUCGCCUCGGAGUAAAAGACUUUUGGUUGGAUUUAUGGUCUUGUCUGAAGCCAGAGUGAUCGAGGUGUGUACUGGGACGCACGAGGAGUACUUCAAGACGGUGCACGGCUCGCUGUUGGGGGAUUUCGGGGACUCGAAGAUAUUCAAAUGUGAAUUCCAGUUUGAGAAAUGCCAGGAAACUGUGGUGCUCAAGUUGAAGGGGACGUGUCAUGGCGAGUCGGUGUGGAUAUAUGGCUUUCACAUCACGACUGCUGUGGAUCCAGAGUGUGCGAAUGCAGUUUCCAGGAGUCGUUUUGGAAGUGAACACCUGUCGUCUGUGCUGAAGGAAAAGGACGUCCAGAUGUCGAAGGAAGCCAUGAAGUUCCGGCAGAUGCUCGAGAGUUAUAACAACGGCAUGAAGGAAAAGGGUGAUGCGUUGCAGGGAGCAGAUCCGAUGAAUCUUAUGUCAAUAAUGUUUGGUUCUAUGAUUCCCUCGGCUAGGCCAGAGAUGUUCCCCAGUUCAUUAGGGGAAGGAAAUGCAAGAAAGAAAAAGGGGAGAGUAGAAGAUGAAAUAGAAUCUGUGAUUAGCAAGGUUGAGUCAGAAACAAAGAGAGUUAAAGGGACUACAGAUGGUAGUAGAGAAAGCAAUCUUUACAAAGUAGAAAAUGCAUUGAAACACCUUGCUUUAUAUCCUGAAAACAAACUUUUAAAAGAGAAAAGUACAAGAAUGGCUGAUGGUGGUAGUGAAUCACCAAUGCAGGUGAACAGACUUGUUGAAAAAUUACAAAACUAUAUGGAUGAUGGCAGUGCAGCUCCAAAAUCCAUGAUGGAGUUGACAAAUAUGUUACAAAAAUCAGUAGGUGUGGAUCCUGGUCCAAACAGCUUUAAUGUGACAGAAAGAAAUGCCAUAGGAUUUAAGUCAAAGAAUUCACUCAUGGAAAACUGCCAGGAAUCUAGUAGGUCUGAAUCAACAGAAGGACUUUGUAAAUGUUCAAAAUCAAGUCAAGAUGUCAUGAGAGGGAAUGUAACGCAAUCACAAGGAAGUGCGGCAGAUGCUUCAAUACAGCAAGAUUCCAACAGACAUGUAAUUAGUGCUGAUUUUGAGGAUCGGCUAGCGCAGCAAGUUGAGCGACUGAUAGAUGAGAAAUUAGCAGCAAUGGAGGAUAGACUGAUGAAGAAGUUUGAACAGAAACUUGUUGAAAAAAUUGAUGAAGAAAGUGUUAAACUAAACAAAAUAGAAAAUCUAUUGGAGAGAAUAUAUGAGAGAUUAUAAUGAUAGUAACAUAGAUUAUUAUUAAGAGUUUAUUGAGUAGAUUACUAUAUAUUUAUUAAAAAUAUGUAUUUAUACUAUGCAGAGAAAUUUUUACUUGUAUAUAUAUGUAUACAGCAAAUGAAU